AUGCCUUCUGUAUGCCAACAAAAAAUCACCAAAUCUGUACCUUUAAUAUAUCAAGAGUUAACUGGUGAUUCUAGUACAACUGGUAAUAUGACAGAAAAGCAAGUUAUAUUAUAUACAAAACAGCUACUUAUUAAUGGUGAUGAUAAAAUAGUAGUUGAUUUACAUAAUGUUAAUAAAAGUAGACCUGAACAAUUUUCUGAAUUUUGGAAGUACAUUAAACAAUAUCUUAAAGAAUAUGCAGCAGUUAAUGAUAAAUGA